UAUUUGAAAUGUUGAUGAAUUGUAAGUUGAUAUGUGCAUAAACGGUGAUGGCUUAAUGUAUGGAACUGCAGGGUAGUGUAAAACUAAAGUGUUGACACAGUUGUAAGAGGUAACUUAAGAUUUUAUAUCCAGGUGUUUGCAUCGCUUAAAUGUUUGAAUUUGUUUUAAUAUUUAAAUUAAUCAUUUUUAAACAUUUAACUGUAUAUUUAUUUAGAUAUUUUUAAUAAAAGUAUGUUUCAUAUUUAAAAUAAAAUGGGUAAAAUAUCUGAGCCAGAUGCGUGUUGAGACACAUAAAAAUAGUAUCGAAUUUUGCCUAAAAGAAAAAAAUAAUUAUUAGCAAUUAUAAAUAAGCAAUUGGCAACUUACAUUACAUCUUUACAUAUUUACUAAAAUAUUACUAUUAUAGAGCUAUUUUAAAUUAUUAUUUUUUUGAUUUGGGAUCCCACUUAUUGUUAUGUGCCACAUAUACAUGUAAGGCUGUAAUAAUAAAAUUACAUUUAACAGAAGUUAUGUAUUAUAUACGUUCUUUAAAUAUCAGACUCGGUGGAUUCUCCAUUCGGCAGUUGUCAAUAAUUUUAAAAUUGUUUAUACGCUAUUUAUAUAUAAGUACUAUCUUGAAGAACAUUAGGUUAUGAUAAAACAAAAUAAAUUCACGUCUAUCUGUAGCCUGCUUGUGUGUAUAAACCAAAAAGCAACUCUCACUUUUAAACAGAGUAAACAAGUUCCAAAGUAUCUAUCACUGUGGUGUGUUUCUGGGCAUGUUGGAUAAUAGUUGCUUGUGGUUGAUUAUUGGUUCCACUAGUAAUAAAUUUCUAUAACAAAACCCGAGAAGUUGCCCUGUCGCGAUCGUCUGCUGCAAUAAAAUCAAAGUUUUACCGUAAAAUAUUGCAAAAACAAUAUUUUAUUUCAAUAUUAUAUAAAGUUUAGGAUUCAUGUAAUAGAUCCACAAAAUAAAAAUAUGUUUACAUUGUGCGAUUAAACAGAAGCUGUUUGGGAUCAGUUCCAAGCAAAUCUACAUAAACAGGUAGAUACUAAAAUAGGUUAAAGUCAUGGCAGCAAAUCGAAAAAAAUUCAGCCGAAUGGCACUGGCAGUAACGUGUUAUUAUUUUAUACACUUUUCUUAUAAAUACGCACACGCAACUACCGCUGGUGGUGCAUCGCGAACCCUAGCAGGAUUUGGAAACGUAAAUCAUCGAUUGCCGCGUACAAGUGCCAGCUAUUUUAGUAGUGGAGCUAGUUCAAACACAAAUUUUAAAACUGCUACAAAAUCAAAAAAUGUAACAAGAUAUGGAAACAUACACAUCAGAGAACAACAAUUGCUAAAUAUAUUUGAAGUUAUAAUAGACACCCUUGAAGGAAAACUAAAACGCAUUGACAUUCUAGAUAAUACAGUUGAUCUUCUUAUGAAAAAUAUGGAAACGCUGCAGAGUCGGGUUGUGAACAAUUUAGUAAAAACCGAUUUUAUUAUAUCUCAGCUAAAAGAUAUAGAAAAAUCAAUUUCUAAUGGACUGCCUCAAGGUCAAUCAUCGUACUUAGAUGUUGUUUAUGAAACCACAAAAAUAUCACAAAACACUUCAACGUUUUUAAAGGAAAAAAUCGUUAAUUUGGAUCGAAAAGUAUCUGAUAUAGAUAACAAGCUGGAAUGUAUUAAAGUCCAAUUAGAUAAUAAUUUGUUGCAUGUUGAAGACUUUAAUGCCGAAGCUAGUGAGAAAAAACCAGUUACAAUAAAUGUAACUGACAUCACAAAGGCAUUGAGCUAUGAAGCUAUGACACAUGUAACAUCCGAAUUAAGUGAACUUCGCGAUUCAACACACAGCAUUGAUAAAAAAUUACAGUUUUACAUAAAUAUAGUUUCUGAAAAUAUCGGAAGAAUGACAAGCAUUUUGCAUGAGAUUCAUUUUGCUGUAGUUGAUCAUAACAAACAAUUUACAUUUUUGAAUGUAACAACAGGGACGCCACCGACAAAAUCAAAAAAACUUGAUGUGCUCGAUAAAGAAAUAAGGUCAAUGGGUGCAGAAUCAGAAAAAAUUGAUAAUGUUUGGGACGUCGUGGUACACACAAAAUCAACUGUGGAUUUUGUUCCCCAGUCCUCUGUCUCGUUACCUCAGACACAACGUCAAGAACGUGCAAUAGAUGAAAUCCAUCAUGACCAAAACUCCGAAAAUUACUUAAAUAUUAACAAAUUAGAUAUGGUUCAAAAACAAUUACGAAAACUGGAAAAUUAUAAGCCCCCUGAAGAAAUAACAGAUACAACAAUAAAAAGUAUUUUGGAAAAUGAAUCAAAAAACUACUCUGACACGGAUGAAAAUUUAAGAACGGAGAGCUUACUUUUAUCCCUCUCUUAUAUUCAACCAACCAUAGUAAAUAAAACUUUAACUACACUUUUUACUUCCACACCUGGAGAUGUCCUGGGUCCACUACAUUCGGCGUCGUUAGACGCUGACAGCACACACAACAACGGACCUGUACUCAAUGGAUCCAAAUCAGCAAAUAGGAAAGAUCGAAUUAUCUUUCCAAGCAUAAAGAAAAAACCAUCAAUUCUAAACACAACGAUUGCCAAUGAUUUUUGGGCGCUCAAGGAUGUAAAAGGAUUUUCCUGUGUAGACAUUUUAAAUGCUGGAAUGAAGCAAUCAGGAGUAUUUUAUUUACAAAUUCGAGGUACAACGUAUUGGUUUUUAAAAGUAUACUGCGAUCAAGAAACAACGGAUGGAGGUUGGACGGUAAUACAAAGACGCGACGAUUUUAAGGACUCCCGUGAAAACUUUAACAGAGACUGGGCUGAUUACAAAAAUGGAUUUGGUGAACCAAGUAAAGACUUUUGGCUUGGUAAUGAGAACAUAUAUAUGUUGACAAAUAAUGAGGAAUAUUCAUUACGUGUAGAACUAGAAGACUUCGAAGGCAACAAACGAUAUGCCCAGUACUCACAUUUUAAAAUACACUCGGAAGCAGAUUAUUAUAAACUUGAAAUAGACGGAUAUGAAGGAAACGCUGGAGAUUCGUUAAAUGACCCGUGGUACGGCUCAAAUAAUAGUCCAUUUUCAACUUACAAUAAAGAUAAUGAUCGAAGCUCGCUCAAUUGCGCAAGCAUGUUAAAGGGUGGCUGGUGGUGGAAGUCCUGUGGACGGGGUCUAAAUGGUCUUUAUCUUCAUGAUCCCCAAGAUCUAACUGCGCGGCAAGGAAUAGUAUGGUUUCGUUGGAGAGGUUGGGACUACACAUUAAAGAAGUCCAAAAUGAUGAUUCGGCCUAAGAUAUCACCACAACCGACAAUAUCUGGAACGUCUUUAUAGAGAAGUUACGAACUAAAUAACCAUUUCUUGUUAAAAUUUUGCACUUUUUUUUAUUUAGAUGUUUUAAUUAUG